CACUGAAGCCGUCUGUCCUCAGUGUUGUGGUGAAGACGGAAGUAGUAGGAGGACUUCCCUCUGGCCAAUAAUUCAUUCCUUGUGGACAGAGUUUAAGGAAAACACCUCCACCUCCUCAGACAUGUCUACCGCCUACAGGAACAGAAUACAGGAGUUCAAAGUGGCCUUAAGUGAAGAAAACAUAAACCUGAAGACCCUAAGGGAGCUCUGCUUCAAUGGAAUCCCAUUUGAAGGAGGCAUUCGAGCGCUCUGUUGGAAGAUCCUUCUUAACUACCUCCCUCUGGAUCAGACAUUGUGGGAGUCGUUCCUGAAGAAGCAGAGGGACGUGUACUCCCAGUUCUUAAAGGAAAUGAUCAUCCAGCCCGGCAUCGCCAAAGCCAACCUGGGCCUGUCCAGAGAAGAUGUGACCAUGGAGGACCACCCUCUAAAUCCAAACCCAGACAGCAGGUGGAACACCUACUUCAAAGACAAUGAAAUUCUGCUGCAGAUUGACAAGGAUGUGAGGCGGCUGUACCCGGACAUGGCGUUCUUCCAGCGCCCCACCGAGUACCCCUGCCAGCUCAUCUUGGACCCUCAGAAUGAUUAUGAGACGCUGCGUCGACGAGUUGAACAAACCACCCUGAAGGCUCAGACUGUGAACCGUAACCGCAGUGGAGUCACCAAUGUGAGCUCUCCUGGAAAGGCCUUAAACCUGUAUCCAUCUAAUGAGUAUGAAGUGCUGCCCAAUGGGAGUGAAGCACACUGGGAGGUGGUGGAGCGCAUCCUCUUCAUCUACGCCAAACUCAACCCUGGGAUCGCCUAUGUGCAGGGCAUGAAUGAGAUCGUCGGGCCGAUUUACUACACGUUUGCCACGGACCCCAACAGUCAGUGGAAAGAGCACGCUGAAGCUGACACCUUCUUCUGCUUCACCAACCUGAUGUCGGAGAACAGAGACAACUUCAUCAAGAGCCUGGAUGACUCCCAGUGUGGCAUCACCUACAAGAUGGAGAGUGUGUACUCCAUGCUCAAAGAUAAAGACAUGGAGCUCUAUCUCAAGCUGGAAGAGCAGAACAUCAAGCCUCAGUACUUCACCUUCCGCUGGCUGACCUUGUUGUUAUCUCAGGAGUUCCUCCUGCCAGAUGUCAUCCGCAUCUGGGACACCCUGUUUUCUGACGAGGACCGGUUCCACUUCCUGAUCCUGGUCUGCUGCGCUAUGCUGGUACUGAUCAGAGAGAACCUACUGGCAGGAGACUUCACAGUCAACAUGAGAUUACUGCAGGAUUACCCCAUCUCUGAUGUCCACACCAUCCUGACCAAGGCCAAAGAGCUGCAGGACAACUCCUAACCUGUCCACCCUGUCCCCCUGCCUCCCGCUCUGACGUGGUAGGUGGGAGCUCAAACAUUACAAACAUUGUCAUGUCAAACGUGUCAUGGGAGGAUCGAUGAAGACCCUGGACGGAUGAGCUGGGGCAACCAGCACUCUGCUUUUUAACUUGAUGUGUGAUUGGUCAGUGGGGGCUGCUGUGAAAAACUGGAGGACGUGCUGAAACAAAUGCCUCCUCAAAGCAAGCAGGAGAGGCCACUUGCUUCCUGGUGGAUUGUGGGUAAGGGCUGCCUCGGUACACGGUCCUCCUCCUCUCACAGCCGUCUCUCCCACGGAAACAUGUUGUGCUCAGAUAACUGUCUGAGGCAGAGGGAGCCACAUUUAACUUACACUACCGAUGUUAGUCUGUCAUGAAGACCUGGUUCCAGACCUGGAGCCUGAGAAUUUGACAUAAAUCCCACUGCGAUCAUGUGUGUAGAGACGGAGCGUUUAAAUGGGUUGAGCAAUAGUGUGUGUUUUUUAAUUUUUAAAUGUUUUUUAAUGUCAGAAACAUGUUUGCCUUAGCUGUUCAAUGAUGACAGUACAGUAAUGACAGUAUUUCUGGGUUUAUUUCCUGUCUGGUUAAACAUGAAGUGAUGGGUCUGUUGGAUGUUGUAUAAGUAACCUUCAGAGAAUCAUGACUUCCUGGGCAUCAUGUCUCAACAGAGCCGCCCAGUCCAAAUGGAAAUAAAAGUCCUUUUACUUUGAAAGAAUCAGAGGAAACUGUGGAGCUUUACACACUGAACAUUCUCCAACCUGGGUUUACAUGUGUUACAUAAUAGUAGUUUAUCUUGAGUAAUUUAUAAUGUGGCACGGAGAAUCGUUAUUUUACUGACUCUAACAGACAUUAGUGUGAUAUGACAUCAGUGGGUUAACAGAUGUUUUAGUUGAUAAAACUAUUUUAGUGUUUUUUCCUUUUUGAGAAAUAUAAAAUGUUUCUCUACAAUUUCCAAAGAAGCUGAAGCUCUGAUUUUUAAACACAAACACGUUUAUAAAAUUAUCUAAAAUUGCCAAAUUUAAAUUCUGAACGAUCUGAACAGAACAGACCUUAACUGCACAUGACACACAGUCAGAUAAGUCCUGUUCACACCUGUUCACACCUGUUCACACCUGGGGGACCUGUGUCAGGGAGGAGACCAAGGAGCAAUAGUCAGUGCACCAGAGCUGUUUGCUGCUCCAGCCGCCUCCUCUUCAUUUACAUGGCUCAACCUUUUCAAGUUAACUAGGUAGGUCUAUUAAAAUCACUGUGUAUGUUAUUUUUACUUUGUCUCUAGUGACCACUUGUGAUUACAUUCCUCCUGCUUCAUAUAUAAAUAAACACACGUGUCGGUGUUUUUAACCAGUCAGACUUUUCGGUUCAUGAUGAAACUGUGUUGGGACUAACCAGACUGUGUCAGGAGACGUCAGUAGAGUAGUUGAGUAGAAUGUGGACACGUGGUCCAGACCAGCUCCUAAUGUGGUCUGAGUGAUUAGAUCUCAAAUGUGACCUCAAUGUGCUCUGGGUGCGUUCAUACCUGAACUUAGAGCUGACCACUGAUGAUCAGAUGAAGACAAAUUUGAACGGGUCCGAACAGGUCCGAACAGGUCCGAACAGGUCUGAAUGGGCCAGGGCAUGUUAAAAAGCUUACUGUUUAGUUUGAACCUCUUGUCUCUAUUAGAUUAAAACGUGAAACAGUGGAGUGGACUGAACACAGAUCAGCUGUUGUUCUGAACUCAAACCUGCAGCUGUUUGUUUAAGGAAAUAAAACACUUUUUAACUCUUGGUUAAUAUCUAGACUAGUCCUGUGGGUUAAACAUACAGAUUAACCUCUUGGUUCAUUUUCAGUGUGAAAAAGCUCGUGUUGAUUCCCCCCUCUUUAUUCAGUUCAUCACGUGAUACAAACAUAUAAUCUGUGUGGCAGGUUGGUCAUGGCUUCAUUAACUACAGAUUAAUCUUAAACCUACCACAGCUGUAACAUCCAGUAACCAGCUGGUGCCAAGUUAACAGGUGAAUCUGUGGAGGUAUCUAUACUUUGACCUCAUUGACUCUCAGUGGUGUGAAGGACUCAGAUCUGUGAUGACCAUGAACCUGAACCAGGAUGAAACAGGAAGUCUUGAUCUCAUCUUGUAGAUAGUUCAGACUUUUCAGACAUGACCCUUCACACAAGCCCAGAACAGUAAGAGACACUGUUUCCAGGGCAACUGAAGAAUUUCUGUAAUGUAUGAUUUUUUAAAAUAAUUUUUAUAAACACUCCUCUGAAGUGGGAUGGGGCAUUAAAACUCAUGAUUUACCCCGUCGGAUUGUUCUGCCACAGAAGAUCAGACUGGACCACCCUCUUCACACACUAUUGAAUUGUGGUCUUUAAUAUUGUGGAGGGCUGUGUGUGUUUGUGUGUAACAUACAGUGUGUAACAGUGCAGUGCUUUGAAGGUGUUUUAAUAAGCUGCUCAAAGAUCACGUUUAUCUGAAGAGCUCUUUCUUUAAAACUGAGGAGGAUAUUCUGAACUGUGUCAUGCACUGCAUCACAUCACGUAACCAAUCAGAACUGUUGCAUUAGACAUCAGAUACAGGAAACAGGAAGUUGAGAAAUCUAUUCAGUGUUUUCAAAUGUGAAACCGGUAAAUUCCAGUGAGUUGGUCAAAAGCUGUUUUAUUUUUAAUGCCACAUUUUAUUAAAAAAUUCAUUCUAUCCACCAUUCUUUAUAUAAAACUCUAACUGUAAAUCAUCCAAGAGGCUUAGAGUCAAAUGAUGGAUCAUGAGUUAAUAUUCAGUCCAUAGGAGGCAGGACCUCAGACUUCAGGAUGAUUUAAACACCAAACUGUAAACUGAAUAAAAACAGUUUGGAAGCUCUGACCGUCAGAGAAGCUGAAGAAAAGAACAAAACCAGAAGUGACUUGUUAAUCCCCUCGAUCGGUUGUGAGCCCAGGACUAACACAAAUAAAACAAAAAUCCAUCAGGGUGUAAAAUGUGUGCAAAUGACAGAGUUUCAGCUCAGAAUUCAGCUCUCUGAGUGUAGGAGAAACCAACAUAUGUCAUAUCUCAUGUCACAUGCUUUGAGCCUCAUUCAGAUUGAAAUAAGAAUAAUGGAGACUUCAUUAACGUGGCAGUUGUACAUCAGUAUAGUAAAAACUGUGUUGGAGAUGAGACCUUUAAACUCCAAGUUUCCAAAGUUUAUGUGUUCAACAGUAACUGGACAGAUUACAUGAAGCUAAACUAAGUCAUAAUAUUUAAUAAUAAGUGGAAAAUCCUCUGCAGUCAAUGACUCUACUGGUAAACUCACAUUAAAGCUGAGACUUGGCACUUUAAAUGUCCCAUAUUUUCCUCUUCUCUGUGUUUUAUUUGAAGUGUUGAUC